AAGAUUUCUUUGUGCUUACAUUCAAAACACAGAGCUGAUGGCUGAUGUUUUGAAACUAUACGAUUUAAGGCUGCAGAAGCUUUCUGAAACGUUUACCCAAUUUCACAAUCAUGCUUCUUCUGUUCUUUCACUUACUCUCCAAUGGAAAGAACUGGAACAACAGUUCCACUCCACUCACUCCUCCAUUGAAGAGCGCGCUAAAGAGCUUCGCUUGAUGGAACAAUCACUGGUGGAUCGCUACAAAGAACUUGAAGCGAAAGAGAAGCAAGUUGAUUUGAUGGAAGAAUCAGUAAAAAUAAGGGAGAUGGAACUUGAACUCAAAGAGAAGGAUCUUGCUUUGAGUCGAAGAUUGGCAGUUGAAGAACAACAGAAAGAGAUUGAGUGGAUUCAACAGUCAUCCAAAGAACUUAAUUCAACCCAAGAAUCAAUCAAGAAGUACUUGAAAGAGCUCACACAAAAGGAGGAGCAACUCGAGUUGCUUAAUAAAUCCGUUAAUGAGGAGUUUGAUUUGAAGAAGAAGCAGUUCAGGUUAGAUGUAGAGAUAUUCCAAGAAGAAACAAGGGAUUUUCAAGUUAAAUCUCUGACUUUCAAGUUUUGUGUUGAGGGAUUCAAUUUGGAAAGGGAACGGUUGAAAGACAAGUCCAGAGAACUAGAACUGAAAGAGGGUAUUUUCCAAAAACGUUCAGAAGAACUUGAAUUGAAGGAGAAGCAAUUAGGAGAGAAAUCCAAAAAACUUGAAAAGAAAGAUGAGGAAUAUAAAAAAAAUUAAAAAAACUGGAAUUGAGAGAGAAACACUCUCAACCGAUAAAGCUGAGAAGAAGUAAACGUCAAUCAUGCUCCUUGGAGGCUUCUACUAAUGUCAAAAAACCUUUAAACUUCAGAGAUAAACAGAAGAAAGCUCGCUAUACCAGUUGAUCAUCGGCUUACUAUAUGUUUAAUAUGUCAUUUUACAGACAUUUAUGCUUAUUUUAGUUCUAGUUUAGCUUUAAUUGAUGUAACAACAAAAAUUUAGGGUCAGCCUCAUUCAAUUUAUGUGUUUGAAGGAAAAGAACAUCAAACAAGACAUAAUUCAUUCAA